GUUCACUCUCGCGCGUUGCUCCUCCUCUUCGCCAUCCGGACGCGUCGGCAGCUUUCUCGCUACUCAAUUCUUACAUAAAAUGUCGUCUGAAGACGUGCGGCGGGUAUGUUACAUUGUGUCUAAUGAGCUCGUCAAGGCAUCUUCUCUGCUUCCGUCAAACAAGAACCGUUCUCUGCUGGUUCAUGCACUCGUGAAAGCUUCUGGCCUACUCAACCCUGCGAAUUGUCGAGAUAACACUCAUUUACAAGUCCUCAGACCUGUUCUUGCUGAUGACAAAGAGCUCGGGGCAUAUCAUACUCAGGACUAUCUACAGUUUGUUCUGAAUCCUGCUCAUGCGAGCGCAGCUGAUGAUACGAACUGUGCGGAGUUUGGUCUCGAAGAAGACUGUCCGACCUUCGUUGGACUGAGUGACUACGUUCGCCUCGUUGCAGGAGGCACUCUGACAGCUGCCACCGCUCUCCGAGAGGAUCGUGCUGACGUUGCGAUAUGCUGGGACGGCGGCAGGCAUCACGCUCGCAAGUCAGAAGCAUCCGGGUUCUGCUACGUUGCUGACUGUAUCCUCGCUCUGCUCACUCUCAAACGCAUGCACCGUUGCCCAGACUCGUCCGUCCGACGUCCUCGCGUUAUGUACCUCGACCUGGACCUCCACUUCUCUGACGCAGUAUCUGAGGCAUUCCUCGACUCCUCAGCGACUGCUCUGGGGCCACAGAUCUUGACUCUGUCGAUACACCACAGCACUCCGGGUUUCUUCCCUCAUUCGUAUCUCGCAACGUUGCGGGACCCGUCUGCGGACCGCUUCGAUCCGUUCACGCUUUCGAUGCCGCUCGAUCGUGGGGCUACGGACGCAACGUUCGCUCGCAUAUGGCCUUCCGUCGAGCGCGUCAAGGAAGCAUUUCGGCCGGAGGUCCUAAUUGUCCAGUGCGGCGUCGACGGUCUCGCAGGUGACUCACAUGCAAUAUGGAACUGGUCACUGAACGACGGCGAGGGGAGCCUGGGAUGGUGUGUGGACCGGAUCUGCAAUCAAUGGGGCUGUAAAGUUCUCAUGCUCGGUGGCGGUGGGUACAACCAUCCUAACGCUGCCCGUGCAUGGACAUACUUGACUUCGAUAGCGCUCCGACGUCCUUUAGCUCGGGAUGCCGACAUCCCUGACCACGCUGCGUUUCCGCUCUACGCCCCAUCGUUCACUCUGGACGUCCCAGCGGGCAACGCACCAGACCAGAAUGGCGAUGCAUACCUCGACGAGAUCACGACGUACUUCCACGAAGUAGCGCGGAUGAUUGAAGAGAGGAUGAGCACCUGUACCUGAAGUCAUUGGUGCCUGUGCCAAGAAACAGCCGAGAAGAACUGUUUGUAAGCCGAGUUGGGGGCAGUUCCGCUGAAUGACUUCGCACUUCAUGGUGGGUCCUGAUGGAGUCACGAUAUUGAAGACGAGAGGACGGUAAACGGGCGUCAGCAUUGUAACAUCAUGACACACAAUAGACAUACACUUUCACCAUGUCACUGAUUCUGUAGAGUCUGUAGCGUCGAAAUCAGCGCUGAGCUCCGGCGAGCUUCCUUUGAA